GAUGAGAAAGUGACAACAGUAACAAACCACUGUUUCUUCCGGGGUCUAAACAAUCUUUUAAGAUUGUUUUACCAAAUUUAAAAAAAAUAGUUUUUUCGAUCGCUUUUAGUUUUAAUGUAAUUAAUUGAUUUUAAUGAACUGUAUUUAUUGUUAAGUUAAGAGUUUUUCUAAGGUUCAACAAUGAGUUCGCCAUCAACCCACAACAGUCACAGUUUCAGCGUGAUGCGCUUAGACGACAGUUCGUUAAAGGUCGUCGUUUCCCAAGGCGAUUGCGCAUCCUUGGCCCGAGCUCAUCUUAGGAUGAAAAACGCGGCCGAAGUACUUCAGUGGAGUGUGGAAUCGGCCGGAGGCACUAAGCCUUUCGGAUUUUUAGACGAUUAUUGUCGUCUGGUGAUAGUUGUCAAAGGUGAAGGACUGGAGAAUGGCGACAACACGGUCAAAUUGUCUUUCUUCGUCAAGACACUUCCACGAUAUAAUGAAAACAGAUUGAGGCAAAUUCACCAACAUGGAGUAUUCAGAAAGGAAACUAUGAUGUACUACCUUUUGCUACCAAUGCUCAAAGGCGAUAAUGGACCCACAGCCUGGCGUCCAAAAUGCUUCCUCGUCCGCAACGACAUAGUUGUUUUGCAAGAUUUAUCCAUGUAUAAUUUUCGCCAUUCGUAUCCAAAAUUCUCUUUGGAUCUUGAUCAUGUUAAAGUUGCUUUAACGGCAUUGGCUCGUAUGCAUGCAAGUUGCAUUAUUUACGAAAAGAAAAAAAAUUGUUGCAUGGGGAGAGUUUACAAAGAUCUUAUGUUCGAGACUAUGGCCAAUAAUAAUCAAUGGUGGAGAACUGGAGAGGAUACUGCUCUGGCAAUUGCUGAGGAAUCUGAGAAAUUCGGUAAAUAUACCGAAUACCAUUCCAUGGUACAGGAGAAGUUAAUUGAUUUCCUGAGAUUGGCAUGGUCCAUGGUGAAACCAUCGCGCAUUUAUAAAAAUGUGGUAUGCCACCGCGAUACGCGCAAUCACAAUUUGAUGUUCAAAUAUAAUUCAACUGGUCUACCUGAACAAUGCAUCUUGGUCGAUUUCCAAAGAUGCACCUACAAUCCACCAGCUUUGGAUUUCAAUCAUCUUCUAUAUCAGACAACAUCCAGAAGCUUUAGAGACCAGCACUAUGAGGAAUUGAAGAGGUUCUACAGAGCAGCAUUGGUAGAAAAUAUCACGAAGGAACAUUUGGAUGUAAAUGAUAUAAUUCCUGAACAAGAGUUUGAUGAUAGCACAGAUGAUUUGCGUUUGUGCGCUAAAAUUUUGGCGGUGAUGACAUUGCCUCUUACUCAAAUGCCUCCAGAAAUACUGGCAGUUUUGAGCCACGAUUCUGAGGAGUUUGAUCGUACUGUUAAUGGAAUGAGAAAGCAGACUGUAUUGGAUCUCAUGGAGAAUAAUGAAAAUUAUCGUACAAGCUUGAUAGAAGCUAUGGAUGAACUACUGGAAGAACUUUUAGAGGUUCCAAAGAAGUAA